AUGAUUUCAAUUUUUCUCGUUUGCGAAAACCUGCUUACAGAUUCAAAUUCAAUAUUAAAAUCAGCGUACCAAAGAAACUUAGUUGAAUACUAUGUUAGCGGCUCAGCUGCGCAAUAUAUCAAUGGAUCUUAUCAAAAAACUAAGCCGGAGUAUGCUUUCGAUCAAAUUGACAAGAAAUAUGACUGGUGUUCAAAUUGCGGACGUAAAAAAGAAGAAUUCCCCUAUAUUGUCCUUGGUGUUAAAAAUAAAAUGAUGAAUGUUCAAGGCUAUUACAUUAAGGCAGGAUGCUGUGAUCGGGAUUGCUGCUGUUAUGAAGAGGGAUAUUACUGCUGCGAGUGCUGCAUGUACAGCUGGAAUUUCCAAAUUUCAACCGAUAAUACAACAUGGAAAACGGUUUCUAAAGUUGAAAAAGACAAAGAGAUGAGGAAAUGCAACCAGAAGACUUACAAAUUUAGCGAAUCUUACCCUGCAAAGUAUGUUAGGCUAAUUCAGACAGAAGCCUGCCCAGGAGAUCCGCCAUGCAUCGCUUUAAAUAAGAUAGAGAUAAUUGGCAAUACAGAUGGAACUGAAGAUGGUGUUUUUGAAUUCGAAGCAGAAGAUGAAGAUAUCAGCAUAAUUGGACAUAUCGGAAAGCAGCAUAAUUCAAAUUAG